AUGGACGUCGGCGUGAUUGAGAUGCGUUCCCCAAUCCCCCUCGUCCCAGCGCAGCACCGCUCUGAUCAAAGUGUCCAUGUUGACUGGAGGGCAGAGCAGCUCCCUGGGACCUGUGUCUGGGGUCCGCUCUCCCCCCAACACCACAUCAAGCCCAUCACCGCGCAACUUUAUCAGCCCAGCAACUUUGAUUGUGCCCCGUUCCGCUCGCCGCAUGCUAAUACCCAACCUCCACCCGCGCUCACCAGGCCUGUCACGGCUACGGCUGGAACGGAUUGUCGUGUGUAG